AUGUCAGAAUCAUCGUCAACUCCUCAAGCCCCACAAACGUCUUCUGUCCCCGCUUCUGAGCAACUGCCUACCGAUUUCAAAGUCUUUCGACCGACUGCACGAUCACCUGCACCUCUUGCUGAGCUAUCAGAUGAUUAUUUCACUCCUACUGCUGCAGAUCUUCAAGCUGCUCAAGCAACAUUGAGCGCCCGGACUCAAGCUCUUGUCAAUGCACCCCUCAAAGUCCGUGCAGUGCGUGAAGCCGAGGCGGCUGCUAAACUCAAUAGAUGGCCAGAGACUAGAAUCCGCAUCAAGUUUCUGGACCAGACUAUCUUAGAGAAGAGCUUUCCGUCGACCAACAAGAUCAGAUCAGUCUAUGCCUUUGUGAGGGGGUGUCUUCGAGAGGAUGUAAAGCCUAUCAAGUUUAUACUAUAUCAGCCUCCAAAACGCGAUCUCAAGGUGUCGGAUCCCACUGUACGGGAUCAAACUCUCGCUUCACUGCAGCUGGCGCCAUCGUCGGUCCUAUUACUUAGAUUCGAAGAUGACAAGCUAAACCAUGUGAAUGUUCCUGCUCCUCUUGCGCCAUUCGUCCUUGAACAAGCCGUAGACCUUCCAUCACCACCGGUUAAUGAUGACAAAGGCAAAGACGACAAGAGCCCUUCUAGCUCAUCAACCCCUUCUGCCAAACCCAAGACGAGUGGUGGGGAAGUCAAGAUGCCUAAAUGGCUGAAAUUGGGGCAGAUGGAAAAUUGGAAUCUACUUGUUCAGUCCAUGCUCGCAAACCUCCAAUGA